UCCGAAGUUUACAACCGCACAAGCCGUUCAAUAUGUUCUUCGCUGUUAUUUCUACUUUACUUUCUGUAUUAAUACCUUCAGGUUUUCUUUAUCGUUGGAAAUGGUUCAUAUCUUACAUUUACAUAAGAAUAAACGGAUUAUUGACGAAGAAGAGGUUUGAUUAUUUAGAUUUUGAAGCCAGAAAUGAACCUGAAAAAUCUGGAUUCUUGGCUCCCCAACUUGAAUUCGAUCUUGAAUCUCCAGAAGCAGAAUCUCAUUUGUUGAAAGCUCAGGAUAAAGUCCUCUGCUAUGGAGUCAGCUCGAAAUCGGAGACGGUGGUCGUUAGCGUUGCCAGAUUAUGUGAAGAAAAAGCGGAGGCAUGCGUCUACUUAAAACUGGCAAAUGGCAAGACGUACCGGCUGAAGGAGACUUCAGAUUACCAGCAGCCCACCAGUGAGCAAAGGGUAUUCUCGUGCGGUGGCCUCCAAAUGCACUACGAGUGCCCUAUGAGAAGGUGGAGGGUUUUCUACAGCGGUUUUCUAUGCGAAAGUUCAGAAGGAAAUUUGGAAACAGAGCGCAUGGUUUACGUCAAAUUUGCAUUCCUAUGGAGAGCUUCGUCCAACGUCUUUGACCUGAUGACUGAUAUCAGUCCAAGACAAUUGGCGGGUGGAUUCGCUCGUGCUAAAUGGAAGCAACCCAUUCCUCCACUAAAUAAGUAA